AUGGAGGUGGGGCAGAAGCCACAACACCCGGCGCCCUCCUCCAGCGCCCAGAGGCUGCCUGCCCCCGCCGGCGCCGACGAGGCGCAGCGCGCUUCUGCCGCUGCAACCCGGGUGGACCUUCCCGGGACGGCCUUGCAGGUCCAGGAGGAUGCUGUGGCUCCCAGCCUCUCGGGAGGCGCGGACAGGGGCGGGGUGGCUGCGGCCGCGGGAGAUGGCUUGGGCAGACCGCUCGGUCCCACCCCAAGCCAGAGUAGGUUUCAGGUAGAUCUGGUCACUGAGAACGCUGGGCGGGCGGCGGCGGCGGCUGCUGCUGCCGCUGCGGCUGCGGCGGCGGCUGCCGCGGGGAGCACCGCCGAGCCCCCGAAGGAUGGCAAAGCCAGCGGCGAGAGCGGAGCGGGGAAGAGCAGCGAGGAAGCCAAAGGCCGGUUCCGGGUGAACUUCGUGGAUCCGGCCGCCUCGUCGUCCGCGGACGAGAGCCCCUCGGAAGCGGCCGGGAUCGGUGGAGAGGGGGCUAAUGUCAGCUUCCAAAAUGGGGGAGACACGGUGCUCAGCGAGGGCAGCAGCCUCCACUCGGGCAGCGGCGGCGGCGGCCACCACCACCACUACUACUACGACACCCACACCAACACCUACUACCUGCGCACCUUUGGCCACAACACCAUGGAUGCUGUGCCCAGAAUCGAUCACUAUCGGCACACGGCCGCCAACCUGGGCGAGAAGCUGCUCCGGCCCAGCCUGGCCGAGCUCCACGAUGAACUGGAAAAGGAACCUUUUGAGGACGGCUUUGCAAACGGAGAAGAAGGUACUCCAACCAGAGAAGCUGUAGUCACUUACACUGCAGAAAGCAAAGGAGUGGUGAAGUUUGGCUGGAUAAAGGGUGUUUUAGUACGAUGUAUGUUAAACAUUUGGGGUGUGAUGCUCUUCAUCAGGCUGUCAUGGAUUGUGGGUCAGGCUGGGAUAGGUCUGUCAGUUCUUGUUAUAGCGAUGGCCACUGUUGUCACAACCAUCACGGGAUUGUCUACUUCGGCAAUAGCUACCAAUGGAUUUGUAAGAGGAGGAGGAGCAUACUAUUUAAUAUCUCGAAGUCUAGGACCAGAAUUUGGUGGUGCAAUAGGCUUAAUCUUUGCUUUUGCUAAUGCUGUUGCAGUGGCUAUGUAUGUGGUUGGAUUUGCAGAAACAGUUGUAGAGUUGCUUAAGGAGCAUUCUAUACUUAUGGUGGAUGAAAUCAAUGAUAUCAGAAUUAUUGGAGCCAUUACAGUGGUAUUACUUUUGGGUAUCUCAGUAGCUGGAAUGGAAUGGGAAGCAAAAGCGCAGAUUGUUCUUUUGGUGAUAUUACUACUAGCUAUCAUUGAUUUUGUCAUAGGAACAUUUAUCCCAUUGGAAAGCAAGAAGCCUAAAGGUUUUUUUAGUUAUAAAAGUGAAAUAUUUACAGAAAAUUUUGGACCAGAUUUUCGAGAUGAUGAGACUUUCUUUUCUGUAUUUGCUAUCUUUUUCCCUGCUGCUACUGGUAUUCUAGCAGGGGCAAAUAUCUCAGGUGAUCUUGCGGAUCCUCAAUCAGCUAUACCCAAAGGAACACUGUUAGCCAUUUUAAUUACUACUCUGGUUUACAUAGGAAUUGCAGUAUCUGUAGGGUCUUGUGUUGUGCGGGAUGCUACUGGGAACAUCAAUGACACCAUCACCACAGAGCUAACGAACUGCUCUUCUGCAGCCUGCAAACUAAACUUUGAUUUCUCAUCAUGUGAAACCUCAACUUGUGACUACGGCUUGAUGAAUAACUUCCAGGUAAUGAGUAUGGUGUCAGGAUUUGCACCCCUGAUUUCUGCAGGUAUCUUUUCUGCCACUUUGUCUUCUGCAUUGGCAUCUCUCGUGAGUGCUCCUAAAAUCUUUCAGGCAUUGUGUAAAGACAAUAUCUACCCAGCUUUCCAGAUGUUUGCUAAAGGUUACGGGAAGAACAAUGAACCACUUCGUGGCUAUAUCCUGACGUUCUUAAUUGCACUUGGGUUCAUCUUAAUUGCUGAAUUGAAUGUUAUUGCUCCAAUAAUCUCCAACUUCUUCCUUGCCUCGUAUGCACUGAUUAAUUUUUCAGUGUUCCAUGCCUCGCUUGCUAAAUCUCCAGGUUGGCGUCCUGCUUUCAAGUAUUAUAACAUGUGGAUUUCACUUAUUGGGGCAAUUCUCUGUUGCAUAGUGAUGUUUGUCAUUAAUUGGUGGGCUGCACUGUUAACAUACGUCAUAGUUCUUGGAUUGUACAUUUAUGUUACCUACAAAAAACCAGAUGUGAAUUGGGGAUCUUCCACACAAGCCCUGACGUAUCUGAGUGCAUUGCAGCACUCGAUUCGUCUUUCUGGUGUAGAAGACCACGUGAAGAACUUCAGGCCUCAGUGUCUUGUUAUGACAGGUUCUCCAAACUCACGUCCAGCUUUGCUUCAUCUUGUUCAUGCUUUUACAAAAAAUGUUGGUUUGAUGGUCUGUGGUCAUGUACAUAUGGGUCCUCGCCGACAAGCCAUGAAGGAGAUAUCUAUUGAUCAAGCAAAAUACCAACGAUGGCUUAUUAAAAACAAAAUGAAGGCUUUUUAUGCCCCAGUACAUGCCGAUGAUUUGAGAGAUGGUACACAGUACUUAAUGCAGGCUGCUGGUCUUGGUCGAAUGAAACCGAACACGCUUGUCCUUGGAUUUAAGAAAGAUUGGCUACAAACUGAUAUGAGGGAUGUGGAUACCUAUAUUAAUAUAUUUCAUGAUGCCUUUGACAUCCAGUAUGGAGUAGUGGUUAUUCGCUUAAAGGAAGGCCUGGAUAUUUCUCAUCUUCAAGGACAAGAAGAGUUACUGUCAUCUCAGGAAAAAUCUCCAGGUUCUAAGGAUGUCGUACUAAGUGUAGAAUAUGGCAGAAAGACUGAUACUGACACUUCUAAACCAUCUGAUGAGAAAAGUCCUGUUGUACAUAAAGAUGAGGAAGAGGAUGGCAAGACUCCAACACAACCACUGUUGAAAAAAGAACCUAAAGGCCCUGUUGCCCCAUUAAAUGUAGCUGACCAAAGACUUCUUGAAGCUAGUACACAAUUUCAGAAAAAACAAGGCAAAAAUACUAUUGAUGUCUGGUGGCUUUUUGAUGAUGGAGGUUUGACCUUAUUGAUACCUUAUCUUCUGACUACUAAGAAAAAGUGGAAAGACUGUAAGAUCAGAGUAUUUAUUGGUGGAAAAAUAAACAGAAUAGAUCACGAUCGGAGAGCGAUGGCAACUUUACUUAGCAAAUUCCGGAUAGACUUCUCGGACAUCAUGGUCCUAGGAGACAUUAACACAAAGCCUAAGAAAGAAAAUAUCAUGGCUUUUGAAGAAAUGAUUGAGCCAUUCAGGCUUCAUGAAGAUGAUAAAGAACAAGAUAUUGCAGAUAAAAUGAAAGAAGAUGAACCUUGGAGAAUCACAGAUAAUGAGCUUGAACUUUAUAAAACAAAGACAUACCGCCAGAUAAGAUUAAACGAGUUAUUAAAGGAGCACUCGAGUACAGCUAAUAUUAUUGUCAUGAGUCUCCCGGUUGCACGAAAAGGGGGCGUGUCUAGUGCCCUCUACAUGGCCUGGUUAGAAGUUUUAUCUAGAGACUUGCCACCCGUCCUUCUUGUCCGGGGAAAUCAUCAGAGUGUCCUUACCUUCUAUUCCUAAACACCACAUCAUGGACAGUCCUAGGGAAAUGGCACUGCAGUCCCUAGGAAAGGGACUUGAAAUCUUCUAUGAGACUGCAAUGUGGUGGCAGAAUAGUGACUUUUCUUCCAUAAUUUCACUGAUUUGAAAGCACACGGGGAAGUCACUCCAUUUGCAUGGUUGUGGAGACUUCAGUUUUAUUCCUUAUUGUUGGACAUAAGAUUUUUCUUUGCUACUUGAAUAGCAAUAAAAGUGUGUUUUUAUUUUCAAUUGGUGAAAGAAAUAUAGAUUUAUAAAAGCCUUUUAGCCUUGAGGUGCCUUCUGAGAUUAACCAAAUUUCAUCCAUAUAUACCCUCUUUUAUAAAUUUAUAUAGAAUAUCAAACUUUGCCUUCAACUAAGACUGUAGCUCAAAUGUAAGUUGGUUUCUAGUCUCUUCCACCUUAAAAUGAAUGCUGCUUUUCUGUCUUCCAUUGAGCAAUUAAUUAGUUUUUUAGUACUGUAUGUUUUCUAUUACUGUACUUAUUUUUUAUGGUCUCUGUUAGAUGUUAAUGGGGUAAGAAUUAGGGCAGGUCUUGUCAUUUUGAGAUGAAAAACAAGAAUCAGAAUGUCCCCAAAGUUUAAUCCAUUGAAGUAUGCAUGUAUAAAAUGUAAACCUUAAGAAAAGAGUUGUUCUAGCUUUUAUGAAGCUUUAUAUUAUUAAUGUCAUAAUUUUCAGUUAACAUAGGGAAUGUCAAAAGAUUUAUUUUCAGUAGUUUUAUAUGACAUAUUGAAAACCAUAUUCCAUUCUACAGCCUAAAAGACACAUAAUUUUAAAUUAUUAGAGAGGGCCUGUCCAUGUUUGUCCUUCUAAUCUGAGUGAUUUUGCGGUAAGAACUUAGUUUCCUGUAGGAAAUUUGGGUGAAGUGAUUCCAUCUUACAGAGUAUUUCAGUAAACACUAUGUGGCAUUCUACCAUCCUUUUAAAAUCAUACAGUUUCUUUAGUUUAUCAUCAAAAUGGUUAAAUGGACCACUGGUUACUUAGUGAAAUGUUUUUAGGCUAAUUCAUUCAUCAAAUCCACUUAGUCUUAAUAUACUCAGGUUUGAACAUUUAAAUUUAAUCCAUUCUUAAUAUGUAAAGUCCAUAUUAAAAACUGCCAGGUUGUGCUUUUUGAACAUUUGUUUUGACAUCAUAGUCUACCAGUAUAUAGUAGUGAUAACAUGUUAAGUAUUAUCACUGAAAGCUUUCUAUACAAAUUAUUAAUGUGAAUUUUUUCAUUCUUUUGUAUUCAAGAAAAGAUUGCCUAAAAACAUUUCAAGAGUUUUACACACACACACACACACACACACACACACACACACACACACAUCAUAUAUAUGGUAUAUAUAUUUUAUAUGUAUGCAUUAUAUAUUUUAUAUACACAUAUACAACAAACUACAUGUUACUAGGCCAUAUUGCUGGUUGUUCAGCAGUGUUCAGUGAUCAAAAUUCGUUAGCUAAUGAUUUUGUUAAACAUAAGAUCAAAGUAAGUUAUCAUAUGGUUUUAAUGAACAAAGUUUUAGUCAUUUGUAAAAUACGUUGUAACUACAAAUGACAAUAGUGGAAUGUUCUAUAACUCAUCCACAUUGCUAUUCAGUCCAGUUAUUUAUGAGUUUAAAAAUAGUUUAAAAAAUAUUUUGUUUCUAGUUCUCCAGAUCUUUGAAUUUUUUCUUCUUUCAAAAUUGCAGUUUUAUUUGACUUUUGCUGCAUGAAAACAAAGUAAAUUAGUUUCAGAAUGGACCUGGUAAUUUUUAAAUGUAAAAUAUUAGUAAAAUUGCAAUAUUUUGUUUUCCUAACUCAUAACUCACAACUUUAUUGCAUUUAUUACAGGAUUUGCAGUAAUUGUGGGGAAGAAUAGUAGGAAUGUAAAAUUACUCAAUAAGCAUGGAAUUAUUACCAUGCUUGAAUUUUUUUUCCUUUAACCAGAUGGACAGCAGGGCAUGGACUUAGUGCUGCUAUCGUGAAACGUGCACAGGUACACUUAUUUUAAGAGUUUUGCCCAUUCAGGAAACCAUCACUUACAAUCUGUACCACAGGAACCAAAUGAAGUGUGUGUAUUCAUACAUGUGUAAAAAGUAUAUUUAAAUAUGCAUACUCGGGUUGGGGAAGGGAAUUGUAGUCAAUGAAAUAAUGUAAGAUGCUUUUCACUUACGGAUUCUUUACUUUAACACUAGAUACCAGGUCAACAAGGUUCAAAGUUAUUGUAGCUCUCCAAUAAAUUUCAGCAGUUUGUUGUUAGAAACAGAUAAUAGCUAGUGAUGAAGUUAUUCUAUUUUGUUUAUACUGAAUUUUGAUUGUUUUGAUGCCAAAUUUUUUUAGUUCUAAUCAUUGGUGAUGACUUGAAAUAAGCAGUUGUGCGUUGGCAUUUGGCAGUUCCUUAUUUCUGUAGACAAAAAUUUAUGGGGGUUUAAGCUUAAAUAGCUCUUAAGUUGACAAAUAACAGUAGCUGAUAAAAUCAAUUAUUUAUUUGUUACAUUUCAUAUUUGUAUUUUAGGUUUCCUUUUACAUAAAUUCUUUUAUGCUUUUAUGACAUUACAUAUUUAAAGAAAAUGAGGAAAUAACUUAAAUAAUUGUGCUUUGAUGGAUAAUUAUCAGCUAAGUUUGAAAUUGUAAUAUUUUGAUAAACCCAUAACUGUCACAUGAAUGCUUUUCUAAUGUUUUAACACUGAAUAUUGCAGUUCCAACUUUGUGUAAAGAUUACUGCAAUAAAGGAAGUGAA